AUGUUAAUUUUCCUCUUUGUUACUAUCAAAGAGUCAACCGCAAGAAGUAUUCCUCAAAGCAAUGCUAAUCCUUUGCUUAAACGUGGUGAAGAGAAAAAAUGUUACGAUCACGUCUUUGCAACAUCCACAUUUUUGGAUGAUAAAUUUAGUGGUAUUAUAAGUUUCACUUAUAAUGAUUUUACUUGUACUACCUAUGUCUAUGGUAUGUUCGCAAAAGGCUUCGUCGAUCCAGAGAAAAAUUGUUAUGAUAUAGUUCUCAAUGAUCCUUCUGGCAAGACUGUCUAUAAUUUGACAAAUAAAUUAGGCUUAGAUUUUGUAGAUGGUGGUACUAAACCAUUUUAUGCAACUAUUGAUUUUAACUUUAUGGAAUUUUUAUCAAUUGAUCGAAAACGUCAAAAUGGCGCUUCUGUUGGUAUUAACACUAAUAAUCAACCUAGUUCUUCUGCACCGGCUCUUCCACAAUCACCCUAG